UUAUAUUAAUUUUUCGUGCUCUUAUCUUGUUUUUUUGUAUUCUUUACACUUGUUAAAGCACUUUGUAACUUGUUUUUGAAAAGUGCUCUACAAAUAAGGAUUAUUAUUAUUAUUAUGAUAUUGAUGGCAACAACUGACCAAAACUCAGAUGUUCUACUGUGACUGAAACUAAAGUGUCACUAAACUUAGAGUAACAUGAACAGCAUUAAAAAAAGAAUGGAAAGUAACAAAGCAGGCCAAAAAGAAGAGGAGCUAAAAAGGUUUUCCACCCUGUUUCACACUUCUUGAAACGCUGAUAGCAUAUCACCCGCAUACUAAGGAAACCACACAAACCGCUGCUUUUGACGUUUCUCAGAAACAUUUCCUUUACGUCACUUAAAAACUCAUCACUUUGAGACCCGAUACUCUAGUUUUUCAAAGAAAACACAAGUCAUCAGUCAUCCUGAAUGAGUCUACAGACAUGAAAACAACUUAAUAAUCAUUGUGAAUGUGAUGUACGUGAUAGGCAGACAUGUAAGGUGAAGAGAUCUCCACAGAAAGACACUGGACUGGUAGGUGCUUUAAAAUUUUAUAGUUGUUAUGUUGAUGGAGGGGAUAAUAUUGUGUGUUUUGAUUGUUCAGGAGGUGUUUUUGAUCAUUUUAACUCAAGGCCCUCUUGCUGACUUUUUUGUGCUUUCAUUGGCCUCACAUGGUCUGCCAAUGAAAUAUGACAAUGAAAGUCCAUCCAUCCAUCCAUCGUCAACCGCUUAUCCUGUAUACAAGGUCACGGGGGGCUGGAGCCAAACUCAGCUGACAUCGGGCGAAAGGCGGGGUACACCCUGGACAGGUCGACAGUGUAGCAGAAGUCUUGGUGUGAAAAUAUUUCAUAGAGUAAACAAUGCAAAAUCUGAAAAAAAAAAAAAUCAUCUUUAACGUCUGUAUGAAAGUAUUUAUAAUGACAUCCUGCUGUACAUACACUCUAAGCUUUCAUUCAAGACAGGGACAUGAUCUAGAGAGAGAAAUAGAGAGGCAGGUAUUUGGGGAAAGAGCGUUUGAUAUGUGGGAAAGUGAGAGAAGGUGGAGAAAGUGAGAGAGAGAGGGAAUAGCUAACAGUGUGGGGGACUGAGGAGAGAGUCUGCGGUCUUUACCAAAUAUGAAAGGCCUAUACUGCCCCUGCUCUGUUAUUUACCUGCUAGAGAGUAGAAAUGUAUCUGCAUACAACAUCAGCUCACCAAUUACAGAUCUCCUGGGAGCAAGAUCUUAUGGCUCCUUUCCUCUCCGAGAGCUGACCCUUUAGGCUCCCAAACGGCUCUUCAUUUAGUGCCACUUCUGCUGUUACAAGUUAGUUUUCUUUAUUGCAAAAAAUAAAUAGGUUAUAUUCUAUAUCUGCAAUACACUAAAAUGAUCUGUCAAAAUGAUUGCUUGCUUACCUGCCUGUAUAUUCUACCUGUGGUCAUUGCGCAUGAAAAUGUGUUUUGGCGGAGUGGUUUUGGAGGAAGACCUAAUGGGAGAGAGUAGGAUUUUUUUAGUUGGAAACUAAAAUCUUGAAAUCUUGAAAAUCUUGGUGUCUCAUGCUAGUUUCUCCAACGUUGACUUACCCUGGCUUUAAUGUUUUUUUAAAAAGAAAAAAAGUGGCUAUAUACAAAAUACAAAAAUAUACAAAACAUCUAUGUAAGGGUGCAAGAAAGGGAGCAUGCUUCCUGGAUAGUUCUUUUUUUCUUAUUAGAAACAACAGUAACCUUCUGGAAAGAAGUAGUUUGCGGUGGUUUCUGUGCUUGUGUGUGAAACAAAGAGGUGAAAGAUGAAGGGAGGAAAGAGAGGGUUAUAGCAGGUUAGGGGAAGUCCAAAUGUCAGAAGAAGACAGAUGAAACGAAAACGUAUGUUUAUGAAAGAGCUUAGAAAGAGGUAGACUGUUAGUUGAGCUGAUAGUGGCUGACAAGUGAGAUUAGAAAAACUGCUUGAUUUGUUAAUGAGAUUCCAAAUGCUGCUUUGAAUCUGUGACAUGUGACAUGCAUGUUUGUAGUUUGAAACCCAACAUUUCUAACUUUGGAUGUGAAUGUAGACAGUGAUCUCACUGCUUUGGUCUCACUGCUGUGUGUUACGUAACAUCAUCCAUUUUAGAUUCCAAAUUACCUAAAAGAAGUUCGAUCAGGAACAUAAUUCACUGGAUAACCUGGGCUCUAUGUUUCGAUUCAUUUGGUUAUGAAAUCCAGACAUUUAUUGUUUCAAUCUGAAACAUUUCUAUUUCUGUUUUUUCGAUCACCUGUUGGUAUCACAACUCUUUCUUGCUCUAUUUGUGGCCAGAGGUAUUUUAUGUGUGAGCAGAAAUAAACUGACUAAUACCACAAAAUAAAGAGGUAUAUAUACAUACAGCAGGCCUACGUAUCACCCCUCUGCCACUUGUGAACAGAUGUAUCUUUUUAUCUGCACAGGAUGAGAAAAAAGAGGAAGCGAUCGGUUACACAGCGAAACAAGAACAAUCCAUCAAAGCCCCACAUAUCCAAGUCACUGAGCUUUGGAAACCAACAAUCCUGUUAUUUUGAGAUGAGAGAGACUGAUAACACGAUAAAUGGAGAGAAAUAAGAAAACCCCUGUGCUGUUUCUUCUUCUUGCUCUGCUUCAUGUCUGCACCACCAGAUCACAGGACUGUUGUAGCCUCCCAAACAACAAUCUCACCUGCUACAGUGACUACAAUCAUACCAUCACUUGUGUGUGGAACAGCACAUAUGUGUCUGACCAUGCAGACACUGUGUGCACAAUACACGCCAAAAAAGUCAAAGGUAGACCUGUGUACAGUGCUUCCUGUGACCUGAAGCCUGUUGACAUCUCCAGACCAAUGCUAAAGAAGUGCUCCCUGGACUUCAAAACACACUGGAUUUUUAGGACCUUCCAUGAGUUGUCCAUUAAUCUGAGCUGUGAACCUGUGAAGCAAAGUUUACACAUUUCUUACAAGCCAGCUUGUCACAUUAAGCUGAAUCCACCGCCAAAACCAGAUGUCAACUCUACUGCAAUUUCUUGGUUCCCACAAGUUAACAAACAUGAAAAAAUAACACUUUACAUCUCCCAACUACAGUGGAAACGAGAGGAUUGCUCAUGGAGUGAUCCCUCUGUGAAGACAGUAAAUAAAGAAUGGAACUGGAGCUUAACAGUGACGCAGAUCCCUGACUCAGAUUUGCUGAUGGGGGAGAGGUACGAGGCACGUGUUCGAGUGCAAGGCAGUGAAGACUGGGCCAAGUCAACCUGGAGUGACUGGAGCCCCGUUGCAUCUUGGGAGUCCACCGUAGGAAAAACAAAACCAACAUUAGUUGGUACUGAAGUUUUAUUUGGCGUUGUUGCAGCUGUGCUCGCAUUUGCCGUCCUUCUGACUGUCGCUAAGACUGACAAAACUACCUGGAUUUACAUAGUAAAGAGAAUCAGCGGCCCACCCCUACCGAACCCAGCAAAGUCAUUCCUACAGGAUGUAAAUUUCCAGAAUUGGUUGAGCCCCCACUUCACCGGCGAAUCCUUGCAUUCCUUCUUGAAACCGGUGGAAACUGUUUCUGUAGAGAUAACCUCCACUGUGGAUGCUGUUGCACCCUGUGGGCCAGAGGCGACACUACUAGAGAAGAUGAGAAGCAAAGGAAACCACGAGUCCGCCAGUUCCAACUUCUCCAACCCCAGUUACUCCCAGCUGUGUCCUCCUCCUCCUGUCUCCUCGCUCACUGCGGGAAAUCUGGAGCCCUGUGCCUCCGAUACACCUUAUGGGCCUGUUAGAAGUCAAGGUGAAGGUAAAAAUGAAGUGAAGGAUAGGGAUGAGGUGAGAGGGAAAGAAGUGGAGAUCCUACAGUUGCUCUCCAAAGGCAGCAACAACAGUGAGCCUAUGCCGGUAAUUUCAGACUAUGAGAAGGUUGAGAAGCUCCAGGUUGAGCGUGUCAGGCUACAGAGUCUAGAUUCAGGCAUGUGCAGUGGCGAGGAGGUCAGUCAAGAGAGCCUGGAGGCAGAUAGCAUCAGUAUGACUAAUUGCCAUGAUGAGGGACCUGAAGACAUGGAGGAGAGGCAGAAAGGGAAUGGAGAAGGAGGGUUUCAGAAGUUUUUUGGAGGCAGUGGAUUUGGCAAAUCCAUUCAGGUUUGUUCUGAUUACGAGCCAGUCCGGAAUCUGCAGAACGACAGCCUUGAGCUCCCUAGCCUGGAUUCAGGCAUUAGCAGUGGGGGAGAGGAGCAGAUGAGUCAGGAGGAGAGCCUGGAGGACCUUGAUAAGUCCACUAAAUCUACAGGUCUCCGGUUUUCCCCUCUUUCACCUCCUUUUAGCGCCUUACCAUGUUCCUUGACCUCUUUCGCACCACUGCCUUUGAACUUCUCUGGGCCAGGUUUGAGUCCAGCUCAGCGACCUCUGCCAACUCAUAUACUAGAGAGGAUUGCUCUUAUAUCAACCAAUAGGUUAGUGGAGCCCUCUGGUGAUGGAUAUACGCCAGUAAGACAGGAAGAGAGCUGAAAACAGACAGAAAUCUCACAGUAAGUGCUGGACAUUACAGCAUGUGCAGGAUUCAUGAGAUCCCCAUCUCAGCCAAUGCGUUCUGUGUUUUUUGCUCGUCACAUGGACUGUUAACUUGAAUGCAACCAAAGGCCGCUCAACCAUGUUUGGUCAAUACUACUCGAAUUACAAACAGUAACCAGAAUGUUUCCGGUACCACAAUCCUAUCCCUUGCCUACAGAUUCGGUACAUAUGCACAUAUCUCCAUCCAUCCAUCCAUCUUCAUCCGCUUAUCCGGGUCGGGUCGAGGUGGCAGCAGCUCCAGCAGGGGACCCCAAACUUCUCUUUCCCCAGCCACAUUAACCAGCUCUGACUGGGGGAUCCCGAGGCAUUCCCAGGCCAAUGUGGAGAUCUCUCCACCUAGUCCUGGGUCUUCCCCGAGGCCUCCUCCCAGCUGGACGUGCCUGGAACACCUCCCUAGGGUGGCGUCCAGGAGGCAUCCUUACCAUAUCUGACUGAGAUUAAUGAGAGCCUGGCAGCUAGAAUGUCCGUUAAUGCAUGCAUUGUUCUCAGUAGUAUAUAACAUAUGGCCAGGGUUCAACUCUCAAGGAUGGGCUGAUUUUAAUUAAUGUAUUUUUCACAUUGUCUUAUGCAUUUUUAUCAUAAUGAUUCAAAUAAUGCUUUUGUUUUUUUUUUUAUACUUAGGACUGACUUCUGUAACAAAUAUGCAUAUUUUGGUGUGCUCAUUGGGAAAUUUUACCCAGUACAGACAAUGUCUACCUGUGUUUUGCUGAAAGGGUGUAUAAAUUGCAGUGUUGCCAGUAA